AUGCAUACCCACGAAAAUAAUAUCUCUGCGGCACCACCGGAUGGCAUGCGUCUUUCGUCUCGUCGACACCGCAAAGCUUCCUCUCGGGUUCUCAUUCUCGCGCUAGCGUUCGUGAUAGCGUCAGCGGAGCUUCUUAUGGAGAGUACGGGAAGCGCCGUUGCGGCAGGCUCAGGGGCGAAAGCUGGAGAAGACAGGAAUUCUCGUGCCUUGUGUGUGGCUCCAACGCUCUUGCUGCUUUAUCCUCCUCUCGCUCCUUCUCUUCGUCUUUACCUCUCCUUUCACCUCCCCCUCUCCCCCUUUUCCCUCUUUGUGUCUGCCCUUUCUUGUCUUCUCUCCCCUUCUCCCCUUCCUCUUCUUGUCUCAUUUUGUCUCCGCUCCUUUUUGUCUCCUCUCCCCUUCCCCCUUCCUCUCUCUCUAUUCUCCCGCCUUCUCCUUCCCCUUCUUCCCCGGCCAGCCUCUGUCAUGGCAGUGGAGGAAAUCAACGGCGUUCCCAGUAUCCUGCCAGACCACUUGCUUCAUCUGACGGUGCAAAACUACUCCAUAGCCUCUCUCGCGAGCCAGCUCGCAGCAUUCCGACUGCUUGAGAACCAUCCGGUGGCUGUGAUUGGCCCGCACACAUCCGACCAGGCCGCCCGAUUCAGCCCACUUGCAGCCGCAACCCAGGUGCCGUUUAUAUCGCCGUCAGCAACGGACGUGCAGCUCACUCAGGGCGCCAGCCGGCCCUUCUUUGAGUUGACUAACCCCACCCUCUCCUGCCCCUCCCUGUGCCCCCUCCACCCUCCCCACCUCCCCCACCAGGUGCCGUUCAUAUCAGCAUCGGCAACGGACGUGCAGCUCACUCAGGGAGGCCAUCGCCCCUACUUCUUGCGCGCUGUGCCCAGCGAUGGCGUGCAGAUGGCCGCCAUGGCAGGUGUGUGUGCGAGUGACACGUUCUGGUUACGGGUAGCAGCAGCAAGCAGUACGUGUGUGCCAUCGCCCCUACUUCAUGCGCGCCGUGCCCAGCGAUGGCGUGCAGAUGGCCGCCAUGGCAGGUGCGUGCCUCGCUCAUUCUGUGCUAUGUAUGGGUGCAGCACGUGCAGCAGUCAGUGGGGCCAGCUGAUAAAGCGCUACAAGUGGCAGCAGGUGGCGCUCAUCUACAGCGACGACCGCUUCGGGCGCAACGGGAUGGCGGCGCUUGCCUUGCAGCUGCUCUCCAUUCAUGCGGAUGCAGAGGUGGCAGUGCGGGUGGCCAUUCCGACGUCAGCCACAGGCGAGGCCAUUCACGACCAAAUGUCCCCCCUGCUGCUGCUAGACAUGGCGGUCUAUGUGCUGCACGCCUCCCCGUCGGUAUUCUCUGCCGUCAUUGAAGCAGCACCUCCCUCCAAAUGCAAUCCAAACCCACUUCACCCACAGAUCUUCCGCCCACUUAACCCCUCUAUCUACACCUCCUUCCCGUCAAGCCAGAGGCCAUUACCAUAUAAGCCAUCCCCAUACGCGCUCCCAUCACACGAUGCUGUGACCCUCAUUGCACGCGCGCUGCACUCUCUGCUCUACCCCUCCGCGCCUGCACCAACCAACUCGUCCUCACACGAGCCCCCGCAAACACAGCAGCAGAAAGUGGGUCAACAGCAAGAGGGGCAGAAUCAAAAAGUGGGGCAGCAGAGGAGAAUGCAGCAGCAAGAAUGGGAGGGGCAAGGAUUCCAGCAGCUGGAGCUGCCUGUGCUGCCUCUGCUUCCCAAUGGCACCCAGGACGUGCUCGCCCCACCACUCACCCGCCUUCAACAAAGUGCAAUGGGACCGGCACUGCGGAAGGCUCUUCUCAAGACCAGCUUUGACGGCCUGCAGGGCAGGUGCCCUCAUUACCAGGUGCCCUCAUUACCAGGUGCCCUCAUUACCAGGUGCCCUCAUUACCAGGUGCCCUCAUUACCAGGUGCCCUCAUUACCAGGUGCCCUCAUUACCAGGUGCCCUCAUUACCAGGUGCCCUCAUUACCAGGUGCCCUCAUUACCAGCAAUACAAGGAGUAUGUGAAUGUGUCGGAUGCGUUGGGGGAGGGCAACAGCCGCUUCUCAGGCUACUGCGUGGAGGUGUUCCGACUUGCGGUUACACGGUUACCCUACGAGCUGGACUACGAGUUUGUGCUGUAUGGCGACAAGGACCUCAGCUACACUCAAUUGGUGCUGGCUGUUGCCAACAAGACGUACGAUGCAGCAGUGGGGGACAUCACAGUACUGGACUCGCGGAGCAAAGUCGUCUUCUUCACCUACCCCAUCCAGCAAUCCAGGCUGGGGGUAAUGGGCUACUCGCGGCCGUACAGCAACCCAUGGAUGGUCUUCUCCCCGUUCACGGCUUCCAUGUGGGCCGUCACUGCCGCCAUCUGCAUCACCACGGGGCUGUUUGCCAUGAUGCUGGACCGGCACAUGACGCCCGACUUCCAGGGCAUGCUGCAGAAGCGGAUCGUGACGGCCGUGUGGUAUGGCUGCCACACGGUCUACUCCAUUCCUGUGAUCCGCAUCCACACGACGCUAGCAAGGGCGGUCGUGGUGACCUGGCUGCUUCUAUCCUUCAUAAUAGUCGACACCUAUGUGGCCAGUCUCACCUCCAUCCUCACAAUGCAGAGGCUUCUUCCACAAAUCCUGGACAUCUAUUCCGCCCUCACCAGCAACUCACCCAUUGGGUACCAGCAGGGCUCCUUUGUGCACUCGUACCUGCUGCAGCUGGGCGUUGCUCCUCAGGACCACCACCCGUCUCCGUUCCCCACCUUCUCUCUGUCCCUCCUCACAACCUCCAAACCCCACCGACAGGACAAGUUGGUGCCCCUGACGGGAGAGAGCGAGUAUGCAUCGUCUCUCUCCUCAGGAAGGGUGGCGGUGAUAGUGGAUGAGGAUCCCUACCUCGACCUCUUCUCCGCUUCCUUCUGUGACGGCGUGCAGGCGUCGCAGCCCUUCUCCAUCCUCAACCUCGCCUUUGUGGGUGCACACUCUGGUGCACUGUGGUCGCACGUGUGCAUGAUGUGUGUGCAUUGA